UCAUCGUCAGGAGACUGAAGAGGGCUUCAGCAGACUUCGGAACAGCUAAAGAGUACUUAAGAGAAGCCAUCGACUUGAAGAUCCUGUUGCCGUGGCAGAUCGCCAUGGGGACUUGGGAACCACUUUUCGGUCGGAGGGGCGGUUCACCGAUGCCCUUACCCAUCAGAAAAAACAGUUUGUGUUUGCAAAACAAAGAGGUCCAGACGGACAUGCAACAGAUAGACGACACUCAUGUUCUCUUCAACAUUUUCAAUGCGGCUACCAUCAACCACAUCGUUGUCUUCCUGACCGGGACUGGAGCGUUUCCAGAGGGAAUGGGCGGGGCCAUCUACUUCAGUUGGCCGUCACCGGAGGGCGAAAUGGUCUGGAUGUUUCUCGGUUUCAUCACCAACGAAAAGCCAAGUGCCAUUUUUGAAGAAAGUGGAAAACCUACAGGAACAAUCCUUCUUUCCCAGAGCAAGACUAUUGAGAUAUUCCCUAAAGCAAAGCAAGAAAUCAUCUUGACGUCGACUUUGACCAGCUUCUCAGAGUUCUCCAUGAAGAUGUUGGAGAACUUCUACAACUACGCCUCGUCGUUCGGAAUAAACCAGUCGCAGAUGACACCCCAGCCAAACAUCAGCUGGAUCCCCAUGACAGUCCUAGAUAAAUGGUUUCAGAACUUCAAGAAAAAAAUGGCGCAGGAUCAGAACUUUUGGAGGAAGUAA